AUGGUUGCUCUGGAUGUUUUGCUUUUGUUUUUCAUUGGAACUGCAAAGAUACAGGCUGAUUUUUCCAAUACUAUUCCUGGAACAACAUACAGUGUCACAGUUUCUGCAGUUUCUUCCUCAGUCUAUAGUUCACCUGCAAGUAGAACAGUGACAACAAAUGUGACAAAUCCUGGGCCACCCAUGUUCCUUGCAGGUGAAAGAGUGGGUUCUGCUGGGAUUCUGCUGUCCUGGAACACACCGCUCUAUCCAAAUGGGAGAAUUCUCUCAUAUGUUGUCAAAUAUAAAGAAGUCUGCCCAUGGAUGCAAACAGGUUAUACACAGGUCACAACCAAGCCAGAUAGUUUGGAAGUUCUUCUCACCAGUCUUAACCCUGGAACAACUUAUGAAAUUAUGGUUGCUGCUGAGAACAGUGCUGGUGUUGGAGUGUUUAGUGAUCCUUUCCUUUUUCAGACUGCAGAAAGUGCUCCAGGUAAAGUAGUGAAUCUCACAGUUGAAGCCUUAAAUUCUUCAGCUGUAAAUCUGAUCUGGUUUCUCCCUCGGCAACCAAAUGGAAAGAUAACUAGUUUCAAGAUUAGUGUGAAACAUGCAAGAAGUGGAAUUGUGGUGAAAGAUGUCUUGGUUAAAGUGGAGGACCUUCUGUCUGGGAGGUUACCAGAAUGUAAUGAUAAGAGUGAAUCUUUUUUGUGGAGUACUACCACUCCUUCAACUACUUUUGGGAAACCCACAAUUCUUUCACAGACUACAGUGACACCAACUACAGAGGCACCAAGUCAAAUGAGCUCUGUUUGGAGUGAACCCAUCAGCUUUGUUGUAACUAACCUCAGGCCAUACACCACCUAUCUUUUUGAAGUCUCUGCAGUUACCACUGAAGCGGGCUACAUUGACAGCGCCAUUGUCCGGACACCAGAAUCAGUUCCAGAAGAUCCACCACAGAAUUUUGCCAAGAGCAACAUUACAGCAAAGUCUUUCUCAGUAAUGUGGGAUCCACCAACCAUAGUAACAGGAAAAUUUAGUUACAGAGUUGAGCUGUAUGGACCAUCUGGUCGUGUUCUGGAUAACAGUACAAAAGACCAUAGGUUUGUGUUUAGUAACCUCGUGCCGUUUACAACAUACGACGUGUACGUCAGUGCUGAGACAAGUGCUGGGCUGGGGCCAAAGACCAACCUUACAGUUUUCACUCCUGCAGAUGUCCCAGGUGCUGUAUCAGAUUUACAACUAGCAGAAGUGGAAGCCACAUAUAUAAAAAUUAUUUGGAGGAAGCCACAGCAACCAAAUGGAAUCAUUACCCAGUACAGAGUUAAAGUACACAUGCAGGAAACGCUCGUCACUCUGGAAAACACUAUUCUUGGAGAUAAAAAUAAGUAUCUGAUUGAUUCUUUGGAACCACAUGCAAUAAAUGAAAAUACCAAACCUUCUUCUCCCCUUUGGAAUUCAGUGGAAGCAGACAAUGAUUUAUAUGAAGGUUCAGCUGAAAUGUUUCCCAGUAUCCAGACAGCUUCCCCAGUAGUAUUUACAAGUGUAUCUGGUGAUAAUUUGCCUGAUAUAAAUGGAGCUGCAGAGCUGCAUUCUGCUUUGGCUAUUCCUCUCUAUUUACUCACAGAUAAUGAAUAUAACAUUGAUAUUUUGGCUGAAGAACUGUCCUAUAUUAUAAAGGGCCUCACACCUUUCACAGAUUACACAAUUAGUGUGUCUGCUUUCACGGCUGUUGGAGAGGGACCACCAGCAGUUCUUACAGCCAGGACACAGGAGCAAGUCCCAAGCUCAGUACGAAAUAUAUCUUACAAAAAUAUUAGCUCCUCCUCUGUCUUGCUGUAUUGGGAUCCUCCAGCAAAUCCCAAUGGGAAAAUCAUUCAUUACACUGUUUAUGCAAUGGAACUGGAUACAAAAAGAGCAUUUCAUGAAACUACUUCAAACAACAGCUUACUUAUGACAGGUUUAAGAAAGUACACGAAUUAUAAAAUGAGAGUCACAGCCUCUACUGCAGUUGGAGAAAGUGCUUUGUCUGAAGAGAAUGAUGUUUUUGUGCGAACCCCUGAGGAUGAACCAGACUCCCCACCUCAAAACUUAGAAUUAAUAAAUGUAACUGCAACAGAAAUAAAUCUGAGAUGGUUACCACCUGAGCAGCCUAAUGGUCUCAUAACUCACUAUGAAGUUCUGUACAGUGAUUCCAGUGAUUUUUUAAUGAAAAAUGCCUCAUCUACAAGUAUAUCACUAAGUGAAAUGAAGCCAUAUACUCUCUACAACAUCUCAGUAAGGGCAUUCACCAGACUUGGCUAUGGGAAUCAGUCAUCUUUUCCACUUCUGGUCAGAACUUCUGAAACUGUUCCUGAUUCUGCACCAGAAAACAUAACCUAUAGAAACAUCUCAUCAAUGGAAAUUGAAUUAUCAUUUUUUCCACCAUCCAUUCCCAAUGGAAUCAUACAGACCUACACAAUAUAUCUCACGAGGACUAAUGGGACUGAAGAAAGAGUUAUAAACACUACUCUUCUGACACUACGUAUUGCAGAUUUAAAUAAAUAUACAGAAUAUACUGUAGAAGUGUCUGCUAGUACCGCAGUGGGGGAGGGCAUCCGUAGUUCACCUCUGCAUAUACUAACUGAUGAAGAUGCUCCAAGUUCUCCUCCACAAGCCCUCACUGUAAAACAGUUGUUGGGUGUCACUGUGAAAUUGUCAUGGAAACCUCCGCUGGAGCCAAAUGGAAUUAUCCUCUAUUACACAGUUUAUGUCUGGAAUAAAAUGUCAAACAGGAGUGUAAAUGUAGCAGAAACAUCACUGGAAUUCACAGACCUAGAAUACAACUGUGAGUAUAGUGCUUACCUAACAGCAAGUACAAGAUUUGGAGAUGGCAACAUAAAAAGUGAUACCAUAAUAUUCAGAACUUCUGAAGGAGCACCAAGUGAUCCACCGAAAGAUGUUACAUACAGAAACCUUACUUCCACAUCAAUAAUGCUAUCCUGGUCUCCUCCUCAAAAGCCUAAUGGAAAUAUACUGUACUACUCAGUUUAUUUCAAAAACAAUUCAGGAAUAUUCAUACAGAAUUUCACAAGUUAUGGUAAUGACAGCAACAUCAGUGUGUCUCCAUUUGUAGUGCUGGAUGACUUGGCAAAAUACAGCCAUUAUACUUUGUGGUUAACUGCAAGCACAGCUUUUGGAGAUGGAAACAAAACCAGUGAAAAAAUAGAUGUGCAUACAGAUCAGGAUAUCCCAGAAGGUUUUGUUGAAAAUCUGGUCUAUCAAAACAUUUCCUCAUCUUCUGUAAAUGUAAGCUGGCUUCCACCAUCCCAGCCAAAUGGCUUAGUCUUCUUUCAUGUUUCUCUAAGUUUAAUGCAACUGGGAACCAGUAAGAUAUUAUCUUUCCUUACUUACAACACAAGCAUAAUUUUUGAUGAUCUGGAGAAAUAUACUGAUUACCUUCUGAAAAUCACACCAGCCACUGAUAAAGGAUCUUCUGAACGGCAUACUCUAAGUCUUCAUAUAAGAACUGAUGAAGAUGUCCCAGAAUCAGCGCCUGUAAUCAAAAAAUUUUCAAAUCUCUCAACUACCUCAGUUAUGCUUUCAUGGGACCCUCCUGUUAAGCCAAAUGGAAUUAUAAUACAUUAUGAUUUAAAUCUAUUUGGGCCAGAAAGGAAUAGCUCAUUCUCUAGCACCGAUAAGUUUAUUAUUUUGGAAGACCUUCUGCCAUUCACAUUGUACAGCAUUUAUGUAGUUGCCAGAACAGUAAAAGGACCUGGUCCACCUGCUGUGCUUCAGUUCUACACAGAUGAGUCAGUGCCAUUAGCUCCACCCCAGAAUUUGACCAUUAUCAACUACACCGCAGAUUCUGUGUGGCUAAAAUGGGAUCCAAGUCCCCAGUCAAACGGUGUUAUUAUGAGAUAUAAUUUUAAGAUUUAUCAAAACAACACUGAAAAACUAUUUUUUUGGAACAUUUCAGGUUCAAACCAUGAGACAAACCUCGUUGGAUUAGACCCAUACAGCCCCUAUUUUAUCAGUGUUUCUGCAUUUACCAAGCUUGGGAAUGGCAAUCAGUUCAGUAAUGCUGUCCAAUUUACAACAAUGGAAUCAGUGCCAGAUGCUGUACAGAACAUUGGUUGUAUUGCAAUGAAUUGGCAAUCGAUCCUAGUGCAGUGGGACCCUCCUGCUUCAGCCAACGGCAUAAUCACACAUUACAUCAUAGCAGUUGAAGGAAAUUCUACAAACCUUUCAUCUCAUGAUACACUGCAUACUUUUACAAAUCUGCUUUCCAAUGUUACUUAUCAAAUUAAAAUAAAAGCUGCAACAUCUGCUGGUGAUGGUGAAGAACAGAUAUGCAAUGCCACUACUCUUCCAGAAAAAGUUCCUAGUGCUCCCAGGGAUAUUGUUUUUUCCAACGUGCAGUCAACAAGUGUGACCUUGCAUUGGAGAUCACCAAAAUCUAUCCUUGGCUACUUUCAAAACUACAAGAUUACCACACAGCUACAAUCCAUCCACUGCAGUGACUGGGAAGCUAUGGAAUGUAUUGAACAUGAGAUGCAUCAGUAUUUAUAUGAAAAUGUCAUGUAUGACUGGAUAGAAGACACGGUGUAUGGACUGAAAAAAUACAGAUGGUACAGAUUUGCUGUUUCUGCCAGUACGAAUGUAGGUUAUGGCAGUUCUUCACCCUGGAUUUCAACUCAAACCCUUCCUGGCUCUCCAGAUGGUCCUCCAGAAAAUGUGACUGUUUUAGCUACAUCUCCUCACAGUGUUAAUGUCAGCUGGAGUGAACCUGCCAUCAUUACGGGACCGACGAGCUACCUCAUAGAUGUUACCUCAGUGGAUAAUGACAACUAUAAAGCUCAGUUUUUGAAGACAAAUGAGGAGGAUAAAUUCUUAGCAAUUUUUGAUUUGAAAGCAUUUACGAGGUAUUCUGUAGUGAUCAUUGCCUUCACAGGGGAUGUUAAUGCUGCACUCCUAGAAGGCAAGGCUAGUUCCCCAGUAAUUGUCUCCACUUUUGAAGCAGUGCCUGAAGACCCACCUAACAACAUAACUUUCCAGAAGAUACCAGAUGAAGUAACAAAAUUCCAAGUAACAUUUGUGCCACCAUCUGAACCAAAUGGAAAUAUUCAGGUGUAUCAAGCUAUGGUUUACAAUGAAGAUGACCCUGCUGCCAUCCAGAUCCACAACCUUAGUGUCAUUGAGAAAAAAGAUCAGUCAGUCACUGCCAUGAUAGAAGGACUAAAAGGAGGACAUACCUAUAAUGUCAGCGUGUAUGCAAUUAAUGGUGCUGGUGCAGGGCCAAAAAUUCAAUUGAAAAUAACCAUGGAUAUCAAAGAACCUCCAAGGCCCAAAAAGAAACCAGCACCAGUUUAUGAUACCAAUGGAGCAUUACUCGUCACAGCUACAACAAUUACAAUCAGGAUGCCAAUAUGUUAUUAUAGCGAUGAUCACGGCCCUAUCAAGAAGAUACAAGUUCUUGUUGCAGAAGCUGGAGCUCAGCAUGAUGGGAAUGUUACCAAGUGGUAUGAUGCCUACUUCAACAGACCAAGGCCAUAUUUUACAAAUGAAGGCUUUCCAAACCCACCAUGCAUAGAAGGAAAAGAAGAUCUGAGUGGGAAAGAAGAGAUAUAUGUCAUAGGUGCUGAUACUACAUGUCUGAUACCAGGCAGUCAAGACAAAAUAUGUAAUGGCCCACUGAAACCAAGAAAGCAGUACCUAUUUAAGUUCAGAGCAACAAACAUUAAAGGGCAGUUUACUGAUUCUGACUAUUCUGACCCUGUCAAAACAUUGGGUGAAGGAGUGACAGGAAGAUCUGUAGAAGUUGUCCUUGCUGUUACUUUGUGUAUAAUUUCAGCUGUUCUUUUGGUGGCUGCAGUAUAUGCUUUUGCAAGAAUUCGGCAAAAACAAAAAGAGGGAGGCACAUACUCCCCACGGGAUGCUGAAAUUAUAGACACUAAAUUCAAACUGGAUCAGCUGAUCACAGUGGCAGACCUGGAACUGAAGGAUGAGAGAUUUACACGGUUACUUAGUUAUAGAAAAUCUAUCAAGCCAAUAAGCAAGAAAUCCUUUUUACAACAUGUUGAAGAGCUUUGCACAAACAACAACCUAAAGUUUCAGGAAGAAUUUUCGGAGCUUCCCAAGUUUCUCGAGGACCUUGCUUCAACGGAUGCUGAUCUGCCUUGGAACAGGUCUAAGAAUCGUUUCCCAAACAUAAAGCCAUAUAAUAACAACAGAGUAAAGCUGAUGCCUGAUGCUGGUAUUCCUGGAUCUGACUACAUUAAUGCCAGCUAUGUGUCUGGCUAUUUAUGUCCAAACGAGUUUAUUGCAACUCAGGGACCAUUACCAGGAACAGUGGGUGAUUUCUGGAGAAUGGUGUGGGAGACAAGAGCUAAAACGCUUGUGAUGCUCACACAAUGUUUUGAAAAAGGACGUAUAAGAUGUCAUCAGUACUGGCCAGAAGAUAAUAAACCAGUGACUGUGUUUGGGGAUAUAGUGAUUACUAAAUUGAUGGAAGAUAUUCAAAUAGACUGGACCAUCAGAGAUCUAAAAAUUGAAAGGCAUGGAGACUGCAUGAUGGUACGGCAGUGUAACUUUACUUCUUGGCCAGAACAUGGAGUCCCUGAAACUACUGCACCAAUUAUCCAUUUUGUAAAACUUAUCCGUGCAAGUCGAGCACAUGAUAACACACCAAUGGUGGUUCACUGCAGUGCUGGUGUUGGAAGAACAGGUGUUUAUAUUGCACUUGACCAUUUAACUCAACAUGUAAAUGACCAUGAUUUUGUGGAUAUCUAUGGACUUGUAGCUGAGCUAAGAAGUGAAAGAAUGUGUAUGGUACAAAAUCUGGCACAAUAUAUAUUUUUACAUCAAUGUGUAUUGGAUCUCUUGACAACCAAGGGAAGUAGUCAGCCCUUGUGUUUUGUAAAUUAUUCAGCACUGCAAAAGAUGGACUCUCUGGAUGCCAUGGAAGGUGAUGUGGAGCUUGAAUGGGAAGAAACAACCAUGUAAAUACUAGGAGGAAAUACUACAGCAAAGCAGAUUUUGAAACUCAAAGUCAUAUUUUUCUAAGCACAGGGGCCAAAGUGAAUUCCCCUAUUUUGUCGAUUAAAAGAAACACAGAUGAUUGAGAAUCUUUUUUUCUAUCAAUGUGCCUUCAUAAAUAAGUGGAAGUAUCCUAUUCAGAACAUGGAGCAAUAAUGAUUUGGAGUACUUUUGCACAGACUGCACUUCUGGUGUUGUAUAAAUAGUGCAUUCAGAAUGUAUUUAAAGUGUAUUUGAACACAUUCCUUUUUUCCAAACUAUCUUUGUAAAAGAAAAAUGAGCCAAAUAGGAUGUAAAAAAUUCAUAUUUCCAUUGAACCUAUUUUGGUGUGAAUUUGCUGUGUUCUGUGUGUUUUGGUUUUAAGUAAAAGCUAAGGUUUCUUUACUCAUUCUUGAUAGAUUGGCUUCAAUGUUGUCAAUUCUUGCAGAUUAAUUGCAAGACCAUCAUAAUGAUCUUUACCAAAGUGUAUGUUCUUGUGUUUUGAAUAUUUUUUUAACAAGUGGUAGUACAUCAGCUUAUGAUCCUGAACAGCUGAAGAGUCACCUUCUGACAUGGGGAGGAUUAUUCAGCUUUUACACAGCACACAGUAGCUCUUCAGGGACACUUGGGGCUUUUUAAACUAUUUUAUAAUCAGCAGGUUGGGUUUUUUUUUAAAUACAUAAUGAUGAUUGCACAUGUUCAGAGCAGAAAAAAAAAGUGUUUUACAUUCCUGCUACUUUUUCAAGCAGAUAAAACAAAGUAAACCUAUAAAUCUAUUACCUGUUACAAUGAAUGGUAGAUUGACUUAUGUAAUAGAAUGUUUAGAAUUCAUUCACUUUUCUUGUAUAUAACACUAUUCAGCAUUUUGAAAAGUUGCUCA